AGCAGCUGCUUUAGGGACCUUUCGCUUACGGGAGAAACAUGGCGGACCGGCUCACGCAGCUUCAGGACGCCGUGAACUCGCUUGCAGAUCAGUUUUGCAAUGCCAUCGGAGUGUUGCAGCAGUGUGGUCCUCCUGCCUCUUUUAGUAACAUUCAGACGACAAUUAACAAGGACCAGCCAGCCAAUCCUACAGAAGAAUAUGCCCAGCUUUUUGCAGCGCUCAUUGCACGAACAGCAAAAGACAUUGAUGUUUUGAUAGACUCCUUGCCAAGUGAGGAAUCCACAGCUGCUUUACAGGCUGCCAGCUUAUAUAAGCUAGAAGAAGAAAACCACGAAGCUGCUACAUGUCUGGAAGAUGUUGUUUAUCGAGGGGACAUGCUUCUGGAAAAGAUACAGAGUGCACUUGCUGAUAUUGCACAGUCACAGCUGAAGACAAGAAGCGGUACCCACAGCCAGUCUCUUCCAGACUCCUAGUACCGCACGUACCAUGUGGCUGAGAAAAGAACUAUUUCAGUGCCAUUAAGAAUUUUGCAUCAAAUUUAGAUGUAAGCCUUAUCAACAGUGGACAGAAACAUUAAGUACUAUAACACGUUAUCUUUUUAGCUAUUUUUAAUAGUCUUCUAUUUUCACUCUUGAUAAAUUAGCUUGUAAAAUUGUGAUUGAACCAGUUUUAAAUCAUCAUUAUAACAUCAUUUUUUAUUACCUGAAUGAAAUUGAGGCAGCUAUCGCAUUAAUGGUUAUAAUAUAAUUAAACAAAUAUACUAUAAAAUUCUGUUGUUUCAUAACUUUGGUCUUUAUUUUUGUUAUAUUUCUACAGUUGUUUUGCAAAUAAAAACAUCUCUCGAGCCAGAGGAGAGGUGGUGAGUGCAGAGAUACGGGACAUUUCAACUUAGGCUGGCGUCCUUCUGCCUCCUUAGGGUCACACUGUAGAAACUGGAGCUUGAGCAAGGAAAGUUUCUGAAACCCUGUUGCUUUAAAGAUACAAAGAGAAUUAACGUGGUUGGACAGAAUAUUAGGUUACUUUUAUGGAAACUUCCCUCUUUUUUCCAGGACUUUAUAUCCAUUUUAGUUCAUCUCCAAAGUUUUUUUCUACUAAGAAAUCCUGUCUAUGGAACUUCCAUGCUACUGUGAGAACUUUUUUUCUUCAUUCCAAACUAUUUUUUCCCCAGCUUUUCACCUGCUUUUCAUUCUUCCCUUUAGUUUUAGUAGUGAAGUACAUUUCCAGAGUCACUUACUCCUUCUCAUUCUUCUUAUUUAUCUGAGGUUCUGUCUUCUAAUCUUGUUAACUUUUCAGCCUUUGUUGCUGCACUGUAAUAUAACCAGAACACACUUCCACUACGUCAGUUACUUCAGUAUGAUUUUCCCUGUUGCACUUAGUUUGAUAUUGUGAGCAUUUGUGCCAGCAUUAUCAAGUAUGAUUACUCAUCCUGCUCUUGGAUCUCCUUGACUCCACUUAUUUUCUCCACUAGAACGCGGGAGUUAAAAUGUGUUCCACAUUGUAACUGGUUCUAUCUUCAAAGGCUACAUGUUUCAGGAUAUCCUGAGCUACAUUUUCUGCAAUCUGUUACUUACCCAGAGUUUAAGAAGGAGCAAGAACAGCAAUCAGAGAUCUAUUGCCUAUUAUUCCCAUCAUAAUAAAGCUCUUCCACAACUCUUAAAAAAAAUACUGCUUAGAAGCAGGGAUGUCCAACCUGCUGCCCUUGGGCCACAUGUGGCCGUGAAUGCAGCCCAACACAAAAUUGUAAAUUUACUUAAAACAUUAUGAGAUUUUGUGAUUACGUGUCACAAUGUAUUUAAUGUGUGGCCCAAGACAACUCUUUUUCCAGUGUGGCUCAGAUGCCAAAAGGUUGGACACUCCUGGCUUAGAGGCCCUUUUUAACUCCUAUAAUUUAUAGAAUCAUUAACUUUUAAAGUUAUGUUAAAUGUUAUUAUACUAAUGGAUAUUUAAAAUGUUUGGCUUGUUCUCUCUGAUAUCACUUAAAAUGCAUUUUAUUUUUAAACAUUGGCAUCAGGUUUCUAAAAGAUAAAAGGACCCACAAAAGAAAGUAACUUUCAAAGUACUGAUCCCUAUUCAAUACAAUUAGCCCCAAGAGACUGAUUGGAAAAGUUGUAGCCUUAAGCUGGUGGGUCAACUACUGUUAAAAUACUACUCCUACCUGAAAGAGAUUUUUUUAUAUUUGAUACUGCCUUUUCUUUCACCACCCCUUAAGUUUAAGGUAUUGUAGGAAAAAGACAGUAUGCACUCUGAAGUAUUCAUGAAGAUUGUACAACAAAAUCUGUAAAGGUUAUCUAUAACAGCUUCUCUUAGACAUCAUUUUAUGGACAUGUCUGUUGGGUCCGGGAGUCUCAAAGCUCAAUAGAUAUACUGGCAAUGACGAUCCUGUGCCUAGUACACAGAUGUGGGAGGACCGAAAACGGAAGGCUCUUGCCUUCAUGCCCUGAUCUAUCCCUCCCUUCCCGUUUACCCAGAUCUAAAUUGUUUUGAGAAUUAGCAUACAUUUGGUUCUGUCCAAAAUGCCCACAAAGACAUUUGGUCCACACCAAAAGGGCCUUGAUAUUUUGUCCUGUUCAAACAUCCACAAGCAAAGACCUUCUGGUGUGGACCAGAUGUCUCUGUGACCUUUUGGUCAGGUCCUAAUUUCCCACAAGGAUUUUAAGGAGAAAAAUCCUUAGAGGUGGGACCAUCUCCUGUCUCUUCCCAAAGGACCUCAGACCCUAUGCCCUGUUCGAAUUUUGGAAACCUCAUGGAAACCAGGGAUGCAAACCUUAAUGGCUUUGUUGGAUAUACAUAUCUAGGUGACUAUCAUACUUGGUCCAGUGGGGAGAAGGGGCCACCUGAAUUAAACUUGAGUUCUGAGCAAAGUAACUUGGGAGGGAGGGAGAUAGAUAUAGUGUAACUUGGGAGGGAGGGAGAUAGAUAUAAUAUGGCUAGGGCCCUUGAGACCAACCUGAUGCACUGGUCAUGGCUUCUACCUUGCAUAUAUCACUGGGACAGACAUCCUGUGUGUUUGUGAUUCACCCCCCUCACAAAUGCCAGAGAGGGUAUUCCCACUCAGGACAUGCUAAAUCUAAAGAGGUGGUAGUGUGACUUGUAAAACAAUCCCCAACCCAUCUCCCUGUCCAUUGCCUGUUGGGUGCCUAGCCACUGACAAUUUACUUGAAUGCCGUGUUCCAGGAAAACACAACAUUCAGUUAGGAAACCCCUCCAACCUCUUGUGUUCCAGAAAAUGGCUUAUGGCAAAGAACCACCUUGCCCUAUAUAACUAAAAUAAGAUCUGUGCAUUACUCCUUUGUUUAUAGACCCAGACCCUCCAAAUUCCCACUCUUUGUUUCAUAAAUAAUUUAACUAAUUAUCCCCACAGACCAUCUGGAAAAAUGUCCUCUAAUGUGACCAAACUUUAGGCUUCUCCCUCAUGAGCCCUUGUAGUGGUAUAUGGAAUACUUCCUUCUCAGUGACACCUCCCAAAAAAUUUACCACAAAAAAAGAAAA